AUGGAGGUGUUCAACGUGACAGUGGCGAAUAUCCACUGUGAAGAUUGUAAACAAUCAAUCAUUAAAGCUUUAUCAGAAUAUUUCCAAAUUACAGAACAUAUCACUGAAAUCAAUGCUUCAAAGGAUAAACUAAUAGCUACUGUUAAAGUCAUUGAUGAUACUGAGCUAACCAUAUUGACAAAUAAAGGUAUUUUAAAUCCUAAAUUACAAAAAACAAUAUUGAAUGAUAUUGAAGAUCUGGGGUUUGUUAUUAAAGAUUAUUUAUUACAUGAUGUUUUAGAAACUCAAGCAUUGCAUACCAAGUAUAAGAAUCAUAAAGCAUUAUUGGGUAAAAUCAUACCAUGGAUCGGUAAUAAAGGUUCUAAAGCACAUCUUGAACAUUGUGCUAAAUGUCGUGAUGAAAAAUUGACUGCUUUUUCUUCAUCUUCUUCCUCUUCUGAUGAUGAUGAUAAAUCUGAAUUGACUAAAGUUGUUGCUAUGAAUCCUCUUGAAUAUAGAGCAGUAUUCACUAUUGGUGGUAUGACUUGUUCAGCAUGUGCACAAACAGUUUGUGAAGCUAUUAAGGAAUCUUUGGUUAAAUCACCUGGUCUUAUACAGAAUAACAAUAAUAAUGAUCAAGAUGAUGGUGAUAAAUUUUCAGUUGAUCCUGUUACUAAUACUGCAAUUGCUAUCAUACCAAAUAAACAAAUUGCAAAUACUAUAAUUAAUAAUAUUAGAGAUUCUGGUUAUUCUGCAACUUUAGUGGAAUUAUUACCUGUUGAAAGAGAAACAAAAUAUAGAGUUAGUGCAGCCAUUGGUGGUAUUACAUGUGCAGCUUGUGCAAGUUCAAUUACAAAUUCAGUGUCAAAUUUAUCAUUUGUUGUGGAAUCUGCAAUUUCUGUUGUUUCUAAAUCUGGGGUUUUCAUAUUAGAUAGUGAUGAACAAGCCAAAAUUGAUGAAUUACAAGAAUCAAUUGAAAAUUGUGGAUUUGAUUUUGAAUUAGUUGAUAUUAAAUCUAUAAAUCAUGCAACAACUAAAAAGCAAAGUAGAACUAUAAAUUUAAAAAUUUCUGGAAUGUUUUGUGAACAUUGUCCUGAAGAAAUAAAUGAAAUUUUAAAUAAACAUGGUAAUGCUAUUACAAUUGAAGAUCCAAUUACUUUAAAUCAUCCAUUUGUUAAAUUUACUUAUAUUCCAUCACCACCAUCAUUAACUAUAAGGUCUGUCUUAGAACAAAUUAAAAAUGCUGGUAAUUUUGAAGUAGAAAUUAUUGAAGCUAUUAGUCUUGAUGAACAUUUACGUCGUAUUGCAAGAUUAGAAACUAUUAAAAUUGCAUAUAGAUUAAUUUUAACAACCAUAUUAGCUAUUCCAACUUUUGUUUUCGGAAUUGUUGGUAUGUCAUUAUUACCAAAAUCUAAUGGAUUUAGACAAUGGUUAGAUAAACCUUUAUGGGUUGGUAAUGUUUCAAGAAUGACUUGGGUGCUUUUUUUCUUAUCAACACCAGUUUAUUUCUUUGCAGCUGAUAUUUUCCAUUUAAAAGCAAUGAAAGAAAUCAGAACUUUAUGGAAAAAACAUGUUCCUUGGAAAAGAAGAUUAUUUAGAUUUGGUUCUAUGAAUUUAUUAAUGUGUCUUGGUACUUCAGUUGCAUAUUUUGCAAGUAUUGCAUUAUUAGGAUUAGCUGCACAUUCUCAAAAAAUGGGUCAUGCUUUUACAACAACUUAUUUUGAUUCAGUUGUCUUCCUAACUUUUUUCUUAUUAAUUGGUAGAUUAUUAGAAUCUUUUUCCAAAAGUAAAACAGCUGAAGCUAUAACAAAACUAGGUUCAUUAAAAUCAAAUUCUGCAACUUUAUUAACCAAGAAAAAUGAAAAUGAAUAUGGUGAUGAUUUGAAAACUGAUUUAAAAUUAUUAGAAGUUGGUGAUUUUAUUAGAAUUGUCCCAGGUGAAUCUCCACCAGUUGAUUGUAUUAUUGUCCAGGGUAAAACUGAUUUUGAUGAAAGUGCAUUAACAGGUGAAUCUGUCCCAGUAGAACAUACAGUUGGUGAACAAGUAUUUGCAGGUACUGUUAAUAAAGGACCACAAUCUAUCAUUGCCAAAUUAUCUGCAUUAGAUGGUACUUCAUUAUUAGAUCAAAUUGUUAAUACUGUUCGUGAUGGUCAAAUGCGUAGAGCACCAAUUGAAAGAACUGCUGAUAUUUUAACUGGUUAUUUUGUCCCUGUGAUUACUGCAUUGGCAAUUAUAACUUGGAUUAUUUGGUUAUCACUAGGUUAUUCAGGUGCAUUACCUGAUUCUUAUUUAGAUAUUGAUCUUGGUGGAUGGGCAGUUUGGUCUUUAGAAUUUGCCAUUUCAGUGUUUGUUAUUGCAUGUCCUUGUGGUAUUGGAUUAGCUGCACCAACUGCAUUAUUUGUUGGUGCUGGAUUAGCUGCUAAAAAUGGUAUUUUAGCUAGAGGUGGUGGUUCUGCAUUCCAAGAAGGUUCAAAAGUUAAUGUUGUUUGUUUUGAUAAAACUGGUACUUUGACUAUGGGUGGUGAACCAAAAGUUACAAAUUUUGCAAUUCAUCAAGAUAAAUCAAUCAAAGAAUUUGCAAUGCAAAUGGCAAAAGAUUUAGAAGUUUCUUCAAGUCAUCCAUUAGCUAUAGCUGUUAAGAAUUUUAUUGAUGAUAUUUCCUACAAGAAAAAAAUUAAUAUUGGUAGAGUUAAAGUUCCAGAAGUUGAAGAAAUUCCUGGUAAAGGUUUAAAAGGUGAUGUUAUAAUUGAUGAUGAUGAAGAUAAUGAUUCAAAUUGGAAAAAUUUACAACCAACAAAAGUUUUAUUGGGUAAUGAAACUUUAAUGAUUGAAAAUAAAGUUCAAUUCACAUCACAACAGAAACGUUUAUUAAAUGAAUGGAAAAUUCAAGGUAAAAGUGUUAUUAUUGUUAGUAUUCAAUGUUUGAAUUUUUUCAAAACUGAAAAUUUUAUACCAAUUUUAUUAAUGGGUGCAAGAGAUGAAAUUCGUCCAGAAGCUAAAAAUGUCAUUUUACAAUUGAAAAAAGAAGGUAUUACAACAUGGAUGAUUUCAGGUGAUAAUUCAAUAACAGCAAAUGCAAUUGCUAAAGAAUUAGGUAUAGAUAAUGUUGUUGCAGAAGUUUUACCUGAGGAGAAAGCUGAAAAGAUUAAAUGGAUUAAAAGAACAAAUUAUAUCAAGAAUAAAGAACCAACAAUUGCCAUGGUUGGUGAUGGUAUUAAUGAUGCCCCAGCAUUAUCAACAGCAGAUGUUGGUAUUGCAUUAGCCUCGGGGUCUGAUUUAGCAUUAACAUCAUCAGAUUUUGUUUUAUUGGCACCUAAACAUCCAUUAAUCGCAUUGUUAACAUUAUUUAAAUUAUCAAGAACAGUUUUCAAUAGAGUUCGUUUUAAUUUUGGUUGGGCAUUAAUUUAUAAUAUGAUUGGUGUUCCAAUUUCUGCAGGGGUUAUUUAUCCUUAUAAUAAUUCAAGAUUAAGUCCAGUUUGGGCAAGUGCAGCUAUGGCAGCUUCUUCAAUUAGUGUUGUUUUGAGUAGUUUAGCAUUGAAAUUUUUCAGGAAACCAAAAGUUGUUACUGAACAAUCUAAGACAUUGGGAGAUAUUGAAGCUAUUGAGGAGAAAUUUUAA